CUGAAUGCAGCUCUUUUCUUUUUUUUUAAAGUGACGGAGAGGCUGUAAUUUGAGAGUAGCAGAGAGGUAUUAUUAGCCAAAAAGAACCGACGCGCACUGGAGACAUCCAGAUGUUGCGUUCGAGGCACCGAGCGAAGUCGGGAGUAUAAGCUACUAACUGUUCAUACGUUGAUACAUUUCACCGGCAGUGAUGGACGCUGGCAGGCUCGGUUAACAAGAAGAAGUGAGGCUGUUUUAAAAAACACUUUUUUUUCUGUUUGGACAAAGAGGACAUUGAGGUAAAAAGCUGCAACAAAGUCUCAACUUAACUGCGCAGUUUUGGACGUUUAAACCGGAUUGAAAUGUUUGUGUUGGGGAUUAAAUAGUCCGUCCGGCUGACACUUUCACUGAAAUAACGUUUAAAAGUAAAGUUAAUUUGGUAUUCGUGCGUGUGUUUGGGACAACGUUUAGCACCAUGGCUUUUCUUCACUUGCUCCUGUGCACCGGGAUGUUGUCGCUGCCGACGUGCGGAGCCUUUUACCGCGGACCGUUACAACCGGAGAUGUCCAACGGCACGUUUCAUCACUACUUCGUGCCGGACGGAGACUACGAGGACAACGACGACCCGGAGAAGUGCCAGAUGCUUUUCAAGAUGACCGACGACCGAAAGUGCGGUCUCGGGGAGGAUCAGGACGCGGUGAUACGGGACGAUUUCACCAUCAUCAAGCGACAGAUCGAGGACUCGGCCCGGGUGCUGGAGGGCAUCGGGAAGAGCAUCUCGUACGACCUGGACGGGGAGGACAGCUACGGGAGGUACCUGCGGAGGGAGACGGCGCAGAUAAGCGAGGCGUUCACAAACUCGGAGAAGUCGCUGCUGGAGCUGGAGGUGAAAUUCAAGCAGAGCCAGGAGAGCGAGCUGAAGGAGGAGCACCGGCUCAACGACGACUUCCUGAGCAUGGUGGUGCACACGCGGGACGUCCUGAAGGACACGGUGGACAUUUCUCUGGGACUGAAGGACAAGCAAGAGCUGCUGUCUCUGAUCAUCCGCAGCCACGGCACGAGGCUGAGCAGACUGAAGAACGAAUACAUGAAGUUCUGAGAGAAAGUAGUCCCCACACUUUACGGUAGAGGACUAUUUUUUUGUUGUUGUUGUGGGUGAGUGUGUGUGAGAGCACGAGGCAGAGACGGGGGUGAAAAAAAUGAGCAGUCAUAUCAGGGAUUUAAAAAAAACAAGAAAGUUAAAGGGCCAGUUGUUCCCAACUUUGGUUUCCUCCAUUGGGUCAAAAAAGAUACAUUUUACUUAAAAAGAUACAUUUUACUUAAAAAGAUACAUUUUACUUAAAAAGAUACAUUUUACUUAAAAAGAUACAUUUUACUUAAAUACUCGAGUAUUUAAUCAGUUCACCCUUUUUGUUGUUGUUGCUGACAAGUAUUCAAAUCAAACAAUCUGAUCUGUUUUGUGAGGAAAGAUGUUCGCUGCACACAACUCGUAGUCAUAAGGAACCGGUGAUGAGCAGUUGCAGGUACACUGCUUCACUUUUAAAGGUCAGAAAUCAAAACAAAGAAAGUUUGGGAUCCACUGCUGUAGAGAGUAUGUUACCAUGCAGAUACGUUCUGGUUGAAUAUGUCCAGGUCAUGUGAUAUUUAUCCAAAGCUCGAUUACCAAAAGUGGAAAGAAGGCAGCUGCCCCAGGGGGCCCCCAAAAAGGCCACCCAAUACUCGCUGCAUAUUAAUUGUGUUUUGGUAAUCUGGUUAUUUAUUACUUAAGUACAAUAUCAACUGGAUCCCUCGUUGUGACCCGAUCUCACGGUCCUGUUUACAGAGGCCUUAUGUAUCAGACUCUGUUUAAGACCUUUAUUAUUUUAGUUGAUAUUAUUUAGCUCAUGUGGUCCAUAUUUCCAAACUUAGUUGUGCUCCAGAAGAUACAAAAUUCCAUGCAUGUCCAUUGGAUUAAUGGCAUGCAUCUCUGAGAGGGAUAAUACAAAUCAAAACCUGGGGAAAUAAACCAAAGCUAUGUCUGUGGCUAUAGGAACUGCUGGUAGUAAGAAAGAAAAAUGUGUUGUUUUGAACUUUAGUAAGUAUCUGACAGCUUACGUUUUAUGAACAGACAAUGAGGAGUGGGCAAUAUGGAUAAUAUCCUCUUUCACAUUCGCUUCAAUGACAUUUUUAUAUGAUAAUAUGGUGAUACAUUUCCUGAAAAAAGAAAGCUAACUGAGAAAAUUCCUAAACGAUAAAACAACUAGAAAGGAUGACCCCGCAAACUAAACUCAUAACAAAUCAAAGAACUUCAUCGUAUGCAAAAUAAUCAUUUAACAACUGCCAAAAAAAGUGGUCGUGCUCAGUGAUUUUGCAAUAUUCCCAGAGAUAUUAAAGAGCUGCCGAGGUAUAAACGGUGUACCUCAACUAUCUGACUGUGUAAAUCAUCAUAAUGCCCACUCAUAGACACUGUAGUCAUGGUGUUUACACACCAUGCAAACACACAAUAGUAGUUCAAUCACAAAUAACAGUAACAUUGUGUGGCUUUAUGGCUGCUCUGCUUGGUAUAUGGUCAUUUUAGGUAAGUGCAUUGAAUUCACCUGGUUUGUGGAUGUGUGUGUGUGUGUGUGUGUGUGUGUGUGUGUAAAACAACGGCUUCCAACAUGAGUCAGCAGAUCAUUAAAGUGAGAACAGGAACUGUCAGCUUUCAUAACACUGCUGUAGUCAGAUGAAGGGUUUUCCCCAAAACUCAUUCAGUCCUCUGUGACCAAAGAAAAAUAAAAAAUCCAGAGUGAGGAGUGAGUUUUGGACACAUCUGGACAGCCUGUGUGUCAGUGUCCGUAUUCACGAGUGAAUGCUAUGUGCUCGGUUUAUUUUUCACCCAAAAAGUUGGAUAAAUGAGUUCUGCAGCCGGGACGAUCCCGCUGAAUGUUUCUGAGAAUAUCAAAGAAUGUUUACAUAUGGACACCUACGUUGUAUUUUUAAUUUUAUUUUUUGCUUUAUAGGCUAGCAGCACAAUUCUUUACUGUCCCGGUGCUAAAGGUUGUGACGUGUUUUUUCACAAUGCGAGGCCUCUACUGUGCUGCUCUGCACAGGCAGUAUAAUCUUGGAAAAUGUACAGUGUGUUAUAAGAAGUAAGCAAAUACUGUGAGUGUCAAUAUCUUUAUUACAAAACACCCAUAUAUGUAUUCAUUGUUUAUAUAAAGUUUUGAAAUAGAGCCGCAUACAUCUAUUCUUGUUUAACUUUUUUUAAAGAUAUGCGGCGAGAUGUAAAGACAUUGACUGAUAAGACUGCAGGCAGCACUCGUGGACUUCGAUGUCGAACACUAAUCGGAUUGUGUUGUGUCUUCUUAAAUAAACAGUUUGUGUUUGAAGUGUCGUUGCAUGUUUGUUUUUUUAUGGCAGAAAUGAACAAAUCUAUGAGAUAUUCCUAAAUAAACAUGCUAUGAUUUGGUCUUUCCCACUAUUAUUGACCUCCUCUAGGAGCUAAUGACGUAAAAAGUGAGAUUAAACCGUUUCCUUA